AUGGAACCGGUGAAGGGAGAGCUGCAGGGGCUCGACAUAGGCAGCACCAACUUGCUGGGCUUGCCAGAGCCUUGCUCCUGGGACAGCGACGAUGAGCUGCUCAGUGUCGGGGGCAUCAAACCCAAGUCAUCACCUAUUCCAAGGCGCCGAAGCUCAUUGUCUUGUUCCGAUGAUGACUCCCAACCACCACCAUCCAGCUCACGGAGAGUGUCUUUUGCGGAUGCUUUUGGCAUGAGCUUGGUCUCUGUGAAGCAGUUUGAUACCUGGUCCAUGCGUGAUCCCACAGACGCAUUGGAGGUUGAUCUAAACAAUGCAAAGGAAUACUUUGUGAAACUACUCUUUGCUCUUCCAGUGACAUUGGAGGAGCUGCUCUAUAGGGUCCAAGAACAGAAGGUGGAUCUGGAGAGUCUGGAGCUUCUCCCUUGUACAACUACGCUUAAAGGAACUGUUCGUGUUUUGAACUUGUGUUUUGAUAAGCUGGUCUACAUCCGCACUUCUUUGGACUGCUGGAGCAGCCAUUUUGACCUGCUGACAGAGUAUGUGCCUGAGCUAAGCCAAGGGAUUACGGACUGUUUCUCUUUCAAGCUAACGCUAGUGCCACCUUUUGGGGAGCAAGGAGCCAGAGUGGACUUUUGCAUUCGAUAUGAAACACCUUUUGGAACUUUCUGGGCAAACAACAGUGGACAGAAUUUUGUUUUGUUUUGUCAUGAAAAGGCAAAAGAACAAGAUGAAAAUGAGAAACUUCUACCAAAAAGUUGUCUGAAACCAAGCAGACAUUGCUCUAUGACCAGCACUACCUCGAAUGCAGAGGAAAUACCAGAAAUAAUCCUUAAUUGCAGAAUAGUUGCUGUUACUGAACCUGUGGAUGUUAAAGAGGAAAAAACACAGAAAGAGGACAGGACACUGAAGGAGGAGGAAAACAGCAGAAACUGCAGCAAGAGAAGCAGAAGAAAAGCUGCCCGGAUGGCAAAAAUACAGAAGUACUUUUCACAAAGUGAUGAAAAUUGCUUCCAACAGACAGAGAAAGACAUUGAUGGAAUGGAUGCCCCUGUUCCAGCAAUAGAUGAGGCAGCUUUAAACCUGUCAACACCACAAACAAAUGUCACCUCUUUGCUGACUGAGCCUAGAAACACUGAAGGACAGAAAUCCCUAGCAGGUUCCAUGGAUGUAGAAAGAAACCAGGUAUCUGCUACACAAUCUCAACAACAGGAAAUAGACAAUUUUCAAGUAAUUGACCCUGAUUUAAUCAAUUCCAAAUCCCAGACUAGGCAACCUGCCUUGGACAGUGUAAACAGUCAUAAAUCCGCGGUAGUCUCACAGCUGUUGGAGAACAGCCAAGAUAAAGAGACAGUUACAAUCCAGAAUGUUUCACCUAAGUGCCAAAUGGCAGACAAAUCUAUUGGUAAAACUGUCGAAAAGGCAUGGGAAUGCUUUGAAAAAUGUGCUAUGACAAAAAUGGGGAGUACUACAAACACAAACAGAGUACACAAAACAAAUCAGAUGGACAACAUGCUUUUAGAGGAUAAACAAGGCUCUCAGUCAUUUGGUCAUCACUACACAUUUGGAACAAUAGUGGCUCCACUUUACCAUCAGGUUUUUGAGAGAAUGGAAAAUGACAGAAGAAAGGUUAAGGUUGACGAGACAGCUGGGAAACUAGACCAUAGGAGACUGAGAGUAGUCACGUACCCAAGUGUAGAGACAAGGUCAAAUCCAGAAAUAUCAGCAAAACCCAUGAGCGAAGAUAAUCAUCAUGGGGCCUGCAAAGAAACAUUUGGAGAAUAUUUACAUAACACAAAGAGCGCUACUGAAAAUGCUUUAUCUGUUCCGAAUGUGCAAACAGAACUUGCUUCAGAGAUUGCUUUUCAAGACGCUGUUUUUCCAGAUAUGAAUGACAAUAGAUCGGAUGCUAGUUUACAAGCAGUUUUGCUUUUAGAGAAACAACAUUCAUCAGACAGACAGAAUUCAGUUUUCUGGGAAGAAUCCACUACUGAUCAGACAGAACAAAUACUGGAAAUGAUUCUUUUACAAAGUGGACAUUCAGACAAUACAGAAUUUUCAAAAGACAACGAGCUUUCUGAUGGUGGAUAUGCACUACACACUAUACAGCAAGAGCGGACUUUUACAGAUACUGCAGUUUUACCUACACAGUCUGAAGUAGACAUAACAGCUGCCAAGCCCUCACCAGCUACAACUUCUAAAAAUGCACAAUCUGCGGACAGUUCAGUCACCCAGAUAUCUUUGGAAACUCAAAUUAGCCAUGAGAUUGAUGAAAUGAAGGAUCAGGAAGCCCAAACAUCAGAGCGAACCUUGAAUACUCACAUCAGUGGCCUAGAUGAAAGCUAUACUCCCAUGCCUGACUCUACUUUGUUCAAUUCUGACAUUUCAUCAAAUGUCACACCUAAAAGUAUCCAAAGUGCAGUUUUAUCAACUUCGCAGGAUCUGACCCAAGCGACCAUCCAAACCCAGAUUCCAGCCACUACAUUUUUUACUAAAAGCCUAGAGGUGGCUGCUACGGUUCCUCAUCUCCAAACUAUACACGACAAAAAUCUGAUCAUAGAAACAACCCAAAUGUGUCAAAACGGUGAAAGUUCUCAUCAUGUUGGAUCCAAUAUGGAAUCAUAUCCAAGUGAUAGAAAUGAUUGUGCUGAUAGAUGUGAAAACAUGACAAAUGACAUUGAAACAGAAAUAUUACAAAUGGAUCUAGAAGAGACAGCUGUAGAUGUCAGCCAAAUCAAUAAAAAUAAAGAACACCAAAUUUCAAUUUUAAAUUUUACUGAUGUGGGUAUUGAAUUUGAUGAACUUUUGGGUAAAGACAUGGCAAUUUCUUACAUUAGUAGCAGUCCUGACAAUCCUGAGAAUGCUUCACAAGAAGAAGUUGAAAAAGAAAAUACCUGGGUGAAGAAUCCUGGUAAAAAUGAAGAACAAGAAUUAACAUACAUGACAGAAAAACAAUCAGAGGAAAUAAAGGAAAUAAGGGAAGUAGAAAAGAAAUUAGAAGAAGAAGAAGAAGAAGAAGAAGAAGAAGAAGAAGAAGAAGAAGAAGAAGAAGAAGAAGAAGAAGAACAACAACAACAACAACAACAACAACAACAACAACAACAACAAGACAAACAAGAACAUCAAGUAGUAAAGGAAGAACAGGAAAAUGAUACAAAGGAACAAUUGAGCAAUGACAAAUUUAAAGGUGGAUCAAACUACACAAAGAAUGAUGAAGAAGAGGUAAAGAAGUAUGACAAAGAAAAAGAUGCAGAGCCAAGAAGAAAUGAAGUGGAAUGGGAGGAUAAAAAACAUGCUGAGGCACAGAUUGAGGUGCAGAAGACAGUCAACAGAGUCAUGUCUGUGGCUAUACUACAAAGCAUCACUGCUACAGACUCUUUAAUUAAGGAGAUUCACCUUGAUGUGGGAAACGAGCAGCAAAACACAGGUUUGGAACAGACAUCUGAGGAACCAGUAAGUGAAAGGCACACAGUUGGGGGAGAAGAAGAAAUUUUCUGUGAAACUAAUUCAACAAGGCAAGCUCUGAAAGUAAACCUGGAUGUAGCAUUCAGUGACAGAGCUGAAGAGAUAGAAAAUGAUUCAAAAUUUGUUGACAGAGAGGAAGACGCGUGCCGCCAAAUAGACAAAGAUCAUGUGGCAGAAGAUGCUGUUGUUGAGGUUGACACAUUGCUGGAAAAGCAGGACAGGGACUGCUUAAAUGAGAGUGAGAACAUAGACGACAGCACCUCCACAGAAUCUCUAACAGAUGAUGAAAUGGAGCUCUAUCUCCUCAGACUGAAAAACACACAGCAGACAGGACUCAAAGAUGCCAUACCCAUGGGUAAGAGGCACUCCAUAAGCAGAACAUGGACAAUACCAUCACCCAUGCCUCCAAUUGCAGAAUACAUGGAUGAGGACCAGCCAAAUGCUUUGCUGGAUGACCUGACACCUGAGCAUAAAACAGAACAAGAGCGAGACGCUCUACUUCAAUUGGACAAAGAGAAGAAAGUCAUUGAAUCAAAUUUGUUAUGGUGGAGAGAGUUCUUCUCCUUUCACAAUAUGACAAAAAUGAUUGUGUACACCCUUUUGUUUGUUGUUUUUUUAAUAACCGCUUAUGUUUGUGACUUCAUUGCAUGUUUGGGGCUAUACCUGAUUGCCCUGUAUUGGCUUUACUUUCAAGUACAGAGAGAACCGUUAAAAGGCACUUGAUCCAACAACACAAAAAAGACUAUUAUUGAUUUGUAAAUGAUAUUUUUCCAAAUGUGGGCCAUUAUUUGUUUUUUAGCUCUAUUGUGUGUUAGCUAUGUUGAAUCAAAGGUCUCUUUAGAUACGACAUGGGAAAUUACAGCACAUUUGUAUAUGUAGCCUGUUUGUUAACUGUGAAUAAUGUUUUUUAAUGUGUUAUGUUUCCUGCCAUGUCUUGCCUACAUGACUGCCUGCGGUGAGCAAAUGAACAACUAUUCCAAUUUGUCUUGUCUAAGACAAAAAUAAUCCAGCCUCCUCCGAUAGCAGAAAAACUAACCGACCUUUACAAUACAGUGGCAUUAAGCCUUCUUCCAUAAAUAAAUGCUUUGCCAGUAAGUGACAGUUAGAUGACACUUUUUUUUGUUAAACAACAGAUUUUUAUUUACUUAAUUAACCUCAGAUUAUGUUAAGUGUCCACAAUACAAGUUGCUGUGAAUGACCUGUCAGUUUAGAAAAAAAUAUGUAUUACAAGUGCAUUAAUAUAAACAUAUAAAGUGCCUAAAUUCAGCAGUCCUGUUAGACCUGCUAGUAUAAGAAAUUAAUAAGCACUUCGUGACAGUCCAAUCAGAUUCUCAAAUUCAGCAGUGCUUUGAUAUAAUGAAACAAACCAUGAUGUCAUCUACAGUAUAUUAACAUCCAUUAACAAUGAUCCAAACAACUGUUAUACUUAAGUCUUCCCAGUUAGAAUAUGGACUGCAUGGCGUGCAUCGUUGUUAACAUGUGCUUUGUGCAUGUUGGCUAGAUGUACAUAUAUGUGUGUGUUUGUUUUCUCUGCUGACAUUUAUGUUCUAUGAUUCUUAGAGCUGUUAUCUGAUCGGUAUAGCAGUAUAGCAAUUCCAUAUGAAUGUGCAUCAUACGUCUAUAACUGAUUAAUAAAUUCA